AUGGCGGCGGCUGGCGGGGUCUUCCCGUUCCGCGACGCCCGCUGGGAGCCCGACCCGCAGCUCGAGGCCCUCGCGGCCGUCCGGGCGCCGCAGCCGGCCCCGCUGGUGCUGGACAACGGCUCGUUCCAGAUGCGGCUGGGCUGGGCCUGCGCCGACCCCCAGGCGCCCGGCGGGCCGCUGCUCCGCUUCCGCUCCCUGGUGGCCCGCAGCCGGGGGGCCCGCGGCGGCGCCGGCGUGGAGACGCAGGUGGGCAACGACCUGGGCAGCCCCGAGCCCCUCCGCUGGCUCCUCCGCUCGCCCUUCGACCGCAACGUGCCCGUCCAGAUGGAGCUGCAGGAGCUGCUCUUCGACCACGGCUUCCAGCGCCUCGGCGUCUCCUCGCAGGGCUGUGUCGACCAUCCCGUUGUGGUAACAGAAGCUGUGUGCACCCCUCUCUAUUCACGGCAAAUGAUGUCAGAGCUCCUCUUCGAAUGCUACCAAGUCCCCAAAGUGUCUUAUGGUGUGGACAGUUUGUACAGCUUCUGUCACAACAAAAGGCAGGGCUGGCCUAGCAGCGGUCUCAUAGUUUCCUCUGGAUAUCAGUGUACACACAUUUUGCCGGUUUUAGACGGCAGGCUGGAUGCUAAAAACUGCAAGCGUAUAAAUCUCGGGGGUUGCCAGGCUGCGAUGUACUUGCAGCGGCUCCUUCAACUGAAAUACCCGGGACAUCUGGCUGCCAUCACUUUUGGCCGUGUGGAGGAAAUACUGCAUGAGCACAGCUAUGUUGCAGAAGAUUACAGAGAAGAGACGGCAAAGUGGAGGUCUCCGGAGUAUUAUGAGGAGAACGUGCAUAAGAUGCAGCUGCCCUUUUCCAACAAGCUCCUGGGGAGCACCCUCACCUCCGAAGAGAAGCAGGAGAGGCGGCAGCAGCAGCUUCGGCGCCUCCAGGAGCUCAAUGCUCGCCGGAGAGAGGAAAAGCUGCAACUCGACCAAGAGAGGCUGGACAGGUUGCUUUAUGUUCAGGAACUGCUUGAAGAUGGCCAGAUGGAGCAGUUUCACAAAGCUUUGGUGGAACUGAAUAUGGACUCUGCGGAGGAGCUCCAGUCGUACAUCCACAAGCUGAGCGUGGCGGUCGAGCAGGCCAAGCACAGAAUCCUGCAGGCGGAGGUCAGCGUCGAAGUGGAUGUUGUAGACAGCAAACCCGAGACGCCUGACCUGGACCCACUGGGCAGUGAACAGUCCAUGGAUGAUGUGGAAAGCAUGAACGAAUUCGAGCCUUUAUUUGCUGAGGAGCAACCUGAAGCUGAAAAGCCAAUUACAGUGCAGCCUGUAUUUAACCUGGCAGAGUAUCACCAGCUUUUUAUUGGCACAGAAAGAAUCCGUGUUCCUGAAAUCAUUUUCCAGCCAUCCUUGAUAGGAGAAGAGCAGGCUGGAAUAGCAGAAACCAUGCAGUUUGUCCUGGACAGGUAUCCCAAAGAGCAGCAGCAGAAGCUUGUCCAGAAUGUCUUCCUUACUGGGGGAAACAUGAUGUAUCCUGGCAUGAAAGCCAGAAUCCAGAAGGAGCUGUUGGAAAUGAGGCCCUUCCAGUCAUCUUUUCAGGUGCACUUUGCCUCUAACCCAGUGUUAGACGCAUGGUACGGCGCUCGGGAUUGGGCCCUGGAGUACAUGAACCGGGAAGAAGGCUGGAUCACCAGGAAAGACUAUGAAGAAAAGGGCGGAGAGUACCUGAAGGAACACAGCGCUUCCAACGUCUACGUGCCUAUUCGCCUCCCAAAACAGGCUCUGCGGACAGCUGAAGCUGCAGCAGCCAGCAAAGCUCUGGGGCCAGCUCCUAACAGUGCCUCUGAGCAGACGUAGGAUGGGGACUGCGAAGAUGUGUAACGUCAAGGUUAGGAUUAGCCUGU